CGGCAAUGUGCCCAAUCACCAUGGCACAGGAGAUGCCAGGACAAAAAUCUGGAUUUCAAUACAUUGUGUCAACUUUGGACAAGUUCGUGGGAACCUAUAUGAAGAUAGAGGGCAGCAAAAUAUGUUAUUACGAGUUGAUUCGUCCAGAACAAAAAUGUCAUCUCUACUUUGACUUGGAAUUUGACCCUCGACACAAUCAGGGCAAAGAUGGCAAUUUGAUGAUUGAAACAUUGUUAUCUAUUGUCGGUGUGCUGGUAUCCUCUGAAUUUCCCGGAGUUCAUGGUCUGUAAGAUGCAUGGAUUUUGGAAACCGAUUUAUCACGUAAAGAGAAAUUCUCAAGGCACUUGCUUAUAAAGAUUCCCGGAGUUCUGUUUGGGGACAACCGAUUGGUUUUUGGAUUUGUUAAGAAGGUGUGCGCAUAUAUAGAUCACAAUCGAUGCAAGUUUCAAUCAUAUGAAGAUCUCUAUGUGUUAACAUCGAAGGGAGUCUCUCUUCAUUGACAAUAAUGUUUACAAGGCGAAGCAGCUAAUGAGGUUGCCAUUUUCCACUAAGCAAGGACUUUCAUCUUCGAUGAUUCCAACCGGGCGCUUUGGCACUCCAAGCUUCACGGUUGAAAAUGUUGAGGAGCUGAAGAAAAUUUUCAUCACAGAGUUCACCUCUGAAAGUCAAGGAUCAGAAAGUUGUAGUGGGCAAACGUCAGAGAACUAUGCUGUGCUUGGUGGGACCCUCUCUGCACAGGGUGUGACAGAGGAAGAUAGUUUUUGGCAAGCAGUUGAGGUCCGAGAUUUGGACAAUAUUUUUCAGCAUUAUGCUCAGCGUGAUCGCUCCGUCAAGCUUUCUGUCUAUAUCGGGCGUCAACACAGGAGAAACGGUGUCAUGUGUGUUGUAAAUUGUAGAUCAAGGACGGGCCAUUUCAAGUGUCACGACAGAGAAUGCGAAGGCUUUCUGGAGCAACUCCUUGUGGACUCUGAUUCUUGACUACUACAGGCUAGAGGAAGAGGAAAUGAGGAUGGAGGGUAGUUUCGGAUACAGAAAGGAGACCGU